AUGUCUGGCCUCGGAGUCUGCCCCCAGUUCGCCAACAGUGGCACCUGUACCUAUGGUGCUGGGUGUCAAUUCCAGCACAUUGACAGGCCAGAGGUCCGCAACCCUACAGGCGCGAAUUUUUCUACCUUCUUCGCCAACUACGCCGGGUUCCGAUACAACCCAGGAAACUCUGCCAUCCUCGAAUUUUACCGGCUUUGUGAUUUCAAUCACUGGGAUCGGGAUGAUCCUGAGCGAGAGAGGGCGCAUAAAGCCUUCAAAGAUGCUUUGGUCAAGGAGUUUAACGAUAUCUACGGGACGGACGAAAAGGAUAUCAAUUCCUGGCACAAGAUAUGUACCGUUGUGAACAUAGACCCCUUGCCUGAUACUCUGCGGAAAGCGCGAGAUGCAGUCUUGUCAAAGCACAUUAAUCUCGUCGACCUCGUUGACCAUCCUACGGGGCGUGUUCGCGUUUAUGAUUCACUCGAAGGGUUGCGCACGUAUACAAUAGCCACAGGCAAAUAUUUCCCCAGGGGAAAUGCAUACGCAGGGGGUCUGCUGAAGUACUUGCUUCGGGAGAUUCAUUCCGAAUACCAAGGAAAUAGGAGACCCGGUGGUAACCGCCGGCGCCGCCGUAACCCAUAG